AUGCCUGGCAGAGGUGUGGGCACACACUCUCCUGCAGAUCAGCUCCCAUUUCGAGCUGUUGCCGAUGCCAUUAGAACAAGCCUUGGACCAAAGGGAAUGGAUAAAAUGAUCCAGGAUGCUAAAGGAGAUGUGACAAUCACUAAUGAUGGUGCUACUAUUCUGAAACAAAUGCAGGUUCUGCACCCUGCAGCCAAAAUGCUGGUAGAGCUGUCCAAAGCACAAGAUAUCGAAGCUGGUGAUGGCACUACCUCUGUGGUUGUCAUUGCUGGAGCUCUUUUGGAUGCCUGUUCAAGACUUCUUCAGAAGGGAAUUCACCCCACCACUAUUUCAGAGUCAUUCCAGAAAGCUUUGGAUAAAGGCAUUGAGGUACUGACCAACAUGGCGCAGCCAGUUGAGCUGAGUGACAGAGAAACCUUGCUGAACAGUGCGACCACUUCACUGAACUCAAAGGUUGUGUGUCAGUAUUCUAGUUUACUUUCUCCGAUGAGUGUGGACGCAGUGAUGAAGGUGAUUGACCCAACUACAGCUAAUAGUGUGGACCUCAGAGAUAUUAAAAUUGUGAAGAAGCUGGGGGGCACAAUUGAUGAUUGUGAACUGGUUGAAGGACUAGUCCUCACCCAGAAGGUGGCAAAUACUGGUGUAACCAGAGUGGAAAAAGCCAAAAUUGGCCUCAUUCAGUUCUGCUUGUCUGCUCCAAAGACUGAUAUGGACAACCAAAUCGUUGUUUCUGAUUAUGCUCAAAUGGACAGAGUGCUGCGUGAAGAGAGAGCCUAUAUUCUGAAUUUAGUGAAGCAGAUCAAGAAGGCUGGAUGCAACGUGCUGCUGAUUCAAAAAUCUAUUCUGCGGGAUGCUCUUAGUGACCUUGCCCUCCAUUUUCUGAACAAAAUGAAGAUAAUGGUGGUUAAAGACAUCGAAAGAGAUGACAUCGAGUUUAUAUGUAAGACAAUUGGAACUAAGCCUGUGGCUCAUAUUGACCAGUUUACUCCUGACAUGCUGGGGUCUGCUGAGCUGGCAGAGGAGGUCAACCUGAACGGUUCGGGGAAACUACUAAAGAUCACAGGCUGCACAAACCCUGGAAAAACCGUAACCAUCGUGGUACGUGGAUCCAACAAACUUGUUCUAGAAGAAGCCGAGCGUUCAAUUCACGAUGCCCUGUGUGUUAUAAGAUGCUUAGUUAAGAAAAGAGCUUUAAUUGCAGGAGGUGGAGCCCCAGAGAUAGAGCUGGCGCUGCGCUUGAACGAGUACGCCCGCACGCUGAAGGGCAUGGACUCUUACUGUGUCCGUGCCUACGGAGACGCCCUGGAAGUCAUACCUUCCACCCUGGCUGAAAAUGCAGGUCUCAACCCCAUCUCAACUGUCACAGAGCUGAGAAACAGACAUGCCCAAGGAGAGAAAACAGCUGGCAUUAACGUCAGAAAGGGUGGGAUUUCCAACAUCUUGGAGGAGCUGGUUGUCCAGCCACUGCUUGUGUCCCUGAGUGCACUGACUCUUGCCACAGAAACUGUGCGCAGUAUUCUGAAGAUUGAUGAUGUGGUGAACACUCGGUGAGCUCAA